AUGUACCGGAAAAUUGUCAUUGUGGCCCUUUUCUCGAGCGCUUGCGCUCUGCUUGAGGGCGAUGUGGAUUUGACCGAUGGGGUGAAAUUAGUUAGUGUACCCAUAUCGAAUAGUUUGGAGGAUGAGGGUAGGUCACUCGGUGAUUCUACUUUGUAUAAAAUCGCGAAGUUCCUCCAAGGGCACGAGUUGCACGUGAAACUACCUAACCUAGUUGAAAAGGAGAAACUGAGCCGUGUCUUCGCGGAAUCGCUGAAGGCUGUCGACGAUUCGUACAAGGAAAGCAAUGGGCGCGGUAAGGGCGAUGGCGGUGCGGGGUCAGCGGCCUUAUUAGGGCUUAUGUUCGCCAAAACCCUUGGAGCAGCUGGAAUUGGCGGCUUGGGUCUUCUUACUAUGAAAGCGCUGGCUGUGUCUGCUCUUGCUCUGAUGCUAUCAGCAAUCGUAGGAGUGAAAAAACUGACUUCUCAUGAUGAGCACGACGACCACCAAGUGAUAUAUGCUGGCCACGGUCACCAUAGACGAAGGCGACAAGUAGAAACGCCUCUACCUUAUCAAGGGUGGAUUAAAUAUCAAAAGUGA